AUACGCCAGUUAACAAUUAGCAGCCAGAAAUAUUCUCGAAAUUUAGAAUCAAAUGGAAUCUCUCCAUCUCCAUAUAAUAAUUGGUGGCCUCAGAGUCCCUCAAAUAUUCAAUAACAUCCCCAAAAAUCCUUACUUGGAUAUCAUUUCUUUCUGUCAAGACCCUGUUUGGUUGCCGGGAAAAUUGAGGAGCAGAACAGAUAAAGCAGAAAGCUUUCUUUCCCAGGUUAUUGCUUUGUCAUGGUCCAAGUACUGCAAUGAUGCUGAUGGUGUAUGCUGUAGGAGCUAUUACAUGCUUAGACUCUAAUAUUCAACUGCAUGAGGCAUUGCCCUGCAAGACUACCCAUGUGAAUUUCUUGAACAAAAUUUCAAUUUGUCUUAGCUCAACUGGAGCUCCUUGUAAUUCUAUACUCUCUGCCUCCUGCUUUUCUUGGAGAAACCGUGUUCAGCUAAACAGCCCCAAGAGAUGGCUUUGCAGGAUGCAUGAUUCGAGUUCUUCAGAUGAUGAGUAUCGAUCCUCACGCAACAUAGCAAUCAGUUUGUUUAGGCGGUACAGGAAUGUGGUUGACCGUGGAGGAGGUGCCAACCUAAAAGAGUUCAUCAGUGCUGGGGUGAAUGCAUAUGCGCUGGGCUGCACAGAUGAGGGGUUAAGGAAAGAACUUGUUGAUAUGAAAGAAUCUGGUGUUGAAAUUGAAGGAAUGCAAAGCUAUGGUGGAACCACCAGUUUGAAAUCCAAGAUUGCAUCAGAGGAGGUUGAGGAGUGCAUUCUGUGGUUGAGCAUUAUAUUCAUCACCAUCCUGUGUACACCACAGCCAACAAUAGUUAGGUGGUCAUCCACACCUCCAGUGUCAGAUGAAGAAAGGCUUAAGUGGAAAGGUUUUUGUGCACUCAUAGCAAAUGCGUAUUACGUGAGAGGAAUGGCAUGGCUUCCGGUAAAGACGCUUCAACUAGAGCAAAUGGCAGUGGUUGGACAUGCUGAGGAACCUUCAGUUGUUGCAAGUCGAAUGCGAUUAGUUUUUAGCACACUUGAGGUUGUGAGUCCACAGUGGCCUAGAGUAUAGUGCUUCAAUUUCAAAAACAGAUGUCAUGCUGGCCUUACUAUGAAAUUUUCAGUAUGUAAAUCAAUGUAGCCUAAACAUCCUUUCUAUUUAGAAAGGAAAGGGGGGAAAAUACUUUAACCUGA